AUGGAUCAGAGCAAGUACAUAGAGGUUAGGAUCUUCGAACCCGUUACUGAAAUCCCAACUUCCGACACUCGCGAAUAUUCCAUAAAAACCUUGAGCACGAUCCACGAAUGCGACAAUCUAAAGGCUUCUGGUUCGCAUAUACGAAAUAAUACACAGAAAAAAGUACCUCAUUCCACGAAUCCGAAUCCAAACGUCAAAAGCUACUCAUCAGCCAAACAGACAGUGGACGUACUUCGCAAUCCUGAGAGACCAUUCGAUAUUGACUUAUUGCUGAGAUACUACGCGUGCAACUCCGACAUGGAGAAGUCGAUACACAAGGUAAUCGCGAAAAUGGAGGACCAGGUGUGCAAAGACGUGGAUCAGGGACCGUUAAUCGAGUUGGGUGCAGUGUGUAGGAUCUGCGACUUGCUGAGGGACCCAUCUGCCCAGAAGCCUUGCUCGUUCCGAUUCCACGAGAUUUUGGCCAGGGUGCAAUCCCUGAUACGUCGUUGCAGCAGAGAGAGAUUAGAGCAGGUCCUGUCUAACGACCCUUCCCUCAAGAUCUGCCAGCACUGCGGAGUGAUCAGCUGCUCGAAUUCUCCAAGCGUUCUCGCGGAUCCUUGCAGGUCUCCACCUAAAACGUCCUACUUCCUCAGCACGCAGAUGUUUCCCGACAUUGUCGACAAUGGCGACGACGCGAAGACAUAUAGACAGACGAAGAGAAUUAACCCCAGGAGCGAACAAGCCACGAAACACGUCGAUAAAUACUAUAACAUCCGGAGAAACGCGAAUCGUCCUCUUUACAAGGAACGAGGAGCAAACAAUGGGAGAGCUUAUGGAUCGAGAGAGGUGAGUCUGACUGUGAAACGGGAGAAUAAUUUCCAUAUGAAUACUCCUCGACGUAUCGAGACCAUGGUGGCUGAACGAGAGAACGACCACGUGGUACAGGAAAUACGUUCUACUCAUGGUACACUGACUGGAGAGAUGUUGGAGUUAGAUGAGACAGGAUUGGAGAACCGAAUUAAGGAUUCUCAGCAGAUAAAGCCUUCGGACUUCGAAUUGGACCCUAGAGGAACGAUUAAGGAUCAACGACAGCUGGAGACUACAGAUUUAGAGAAUAGAGGCAGGAUCAUCAGUGAUAAUCUGAAUCUUACGAGCAAUUUGACACAUGAUAGACGUUUUAAUAGGGUAGACUGCAAAGAAAAGUUCAUGGACAACCUUCCUAAUAGGAAUAAUUCUAUAAUAAGUAAUUUUAGACCAACGAACAAGUGGAGAAAGGUCAGCAAGGACCAACUGGGCAUGAACGAAUGCAAGGAAGAGGUUCUAAGGGACAUUCUUUAUGAGCAACCUGGGCCACGACUGGACCAGUCGAACCCACGGGACUGCACGUCUUUAAAUAGCGAACACGGCGUAGGAAGUAAACAAAAUCAAUCAACGAACGUCGUUGACGACGCAACGUCGUCUGCAAAUGUACUAACGUACUUGGCAGGCCGCCUCAAAUCGAUAGACAGUGGGAAAAAAGAAUUUGUUUCGCAACCAGGUGAAAAAGCGAGUAUCCAUUCCGGUCACCCUGCCAAUAAGCGUAGUUUCGUUUUACAUCGGGCUCGAGGUCACGAUCCACGCCUGGAUUCGGAAUUCCUGACACUCGAAAAGCUCGUGCCAGCUGACAAGAUCGCGAGGGACAGUCGAAGGGAGAUCUUUUACAAAGCUCAGCAUCACUCGGAGCACUGCAAGUACGUCCACCCAGUCAGACGUGGCAACCAGUUCAGAAGCUUUACCUGUCUGAUGGAAGACGACUCCCUGGAGAACUGUAUAGACACCCCUGUCACGUUGGCACAGACCAUAGAAAGCAACACUACCGUGGUCAGCUCCUCUUCCGCAGAGAACAUGAUUCGCGAAUGGGUGAAGGCUCCCGGAGCCAGCAUCCAGGAAGCCUGCAAGAGCUCGGAAGCUUGGAAGCCUUCUACAUCGAUCCUGAACGUAGCUCGUAGAAGAUUCUGGGCUAAAGAGAAGAUUGUCAAUUGUCCAAAGGCGUCUAACGAAGUCCAACCUAACCUGACAAGUCCAAGUGGCAGUAAAGUUUCCUCGAAAAAUCGAAAAUAUCGUCAUCCGAACAGGCAGACCAUAUCUAGUAUGCUCACAGGAGGCUUUAAACUCUGGCACAGUAAGGAUUCGAUGGCCAGCAAGUCUAACGAGUCGAAGUCGAAGAAGAUGGUGUCUCGAGGCAAUGAAAAGCGUUUUGGGAAGCAUCUGUUCGAAUCCCUGAAGAGCAUUAGGUCUGCAAAGUCCAGCAAGUCGAAGGAAACCAGUGAGAAGCCUUUGAUGUCUUUUGGCAGUAGUCUGCCAGGUGACGUUAAAGACGUCGCUCGAAGGAUCAUCUAUAAUGAGUCUUCCUUGAGGAACACGAUGAUGGAGAAGGGGAAUCAUGAGAACAUGGACGACGUCUUACUGCUCUAUAGGAAGGUGCUCGAGAGCACGGAACAGAUGGACUGGCGCAGCUUCCAGCGAUUCGUGGAGGACCUGCAUCCGGAAAAAAGGGACCUCUGGCGAGAUAUCUGCAGGGUCAUCGACGACAAGGUGAAAAGGAUCAACGAGGAGGAGGAUGGAAGCGCGGAAAUAUGUAUAGAGAUCACCUCUAUUCCCUUUCAAGGGGCCAACGAAAGAAGAACGUGCAGCAACGAGAUCGUGUUCGAGAUGGACAUAACACUCGCAGACGUGGAGAGGUAUCUGGGUAGGCAGCUGCCUUCCACGGAGAAAGAGCAGCUUGACACCCUUCAGAGGACCAGCGAAGUUAUUAAAGUUCGAAAUGACGACGUUUGUGAUACUCGAGUGGCCUCUAAUCAAGCUGAAUAAGCGGUCUUGCACGCUUUCAAUUUUCCCUGUACGUACUUACGAUCAACA